UCUAGUCCUCGUCGUUAUACCGGUAAACUGGCCAGAACUCACCCCUGUUCGGUGUAACUGAGACUCGGAUGAGCAGUGAUGUCACAGGAAACCCGCUCCACACAAUCCUCUGCUGCUUCAGGGACCGCAGUUCAUCAGCGAGCACAUCUCCUGCACUGCUCUACACACCGCGGAGAACACAGCAGCUAACGUGGUGAAACGUUCAGAUCAUUUGGAUGCACAAGAGCCAAACAACGGAACCAUGGAUAGAUGCUGCAUUACCUCGUUUAUCUUACUGUUGGCAACCUCUGAGUUGUUUGUGGUGGUUCUCUCAGAGAACAGCACUGGAGGUACAAAAAAGAAUGCCCAUGAACUGAACUUCACUCGCCACAAAAUCUUGACCGCCCAGUUUGAAUGUUACCAAAAGAUUAUGAAAGAUACUAAUCACAACAAAACAGAUGGUUCUAUGUGUAAACGGACAUGGGAUGGGUGGCUGUGCUGGGAGUAUAUGGAACCAGGAGUCACCUCAGCCCAGCACUGUCCAAACUACUUUGAUGACUUUGACACCUCAGAAGUGGCAACGAAAAUUUGCACUAAUUCGGGCCAUUGGUUCGUUCAUCCAGAGAGCAACAGAACCUGGAGUAAUUACACCGACUGUAGGCUUAAGUCUAACGAUCACAAAAAGACAGCGCUUAAUCUCUACUACUUGACUUUGAUUGGUCAUGGAUUAUCUCUGAUAUCUUUGUUUACAUCUCUGGGGAUAUUUUUCUACUUUAAGAGCUUGAGUUGUCAACGGAUAACUCUACACAAGAAUCUCUUCUUCUCCUUUGUGUUAAACUCUGUUAUAACCAUCAUCUUUUUCACUUGUGUUGCAAACAACCAAGAAGUAACAGAAGCAAACCCAGUAAGCUGUAAAGUGUCAGUGUUCAUCCAUCACUAUCUGCUGGGCUGCAAUUACUUCUGGAUGUUGUGUGAAGGGAUUUACCUGCACACACUCAUUGUGGUGGCAGUUUUCGCAGAGAAGCAGCACCUCAUGUGGUAUUACCUCUUAGGAUGGGGCUUCCCAUUAAUACCUGCAUUCAUCCACGCAAUAUCACGAAGCUAUUACUACAAUGACAACUGUUGGAUUAGCUCGAACACUUCUCUGCUCUACAUUAUUCAUGGGCCCAUCUGUGCAGCUCUAUUGGUGAACCUCUUCUUCCUUUUAAACAUUGUGAGAGUGUUGAUCACCAAGCUGAAAGUGACCCACCAGGCAGAGUCCAGUGUGUACAUGAGGGCCGUCAGGGCCACGUUAAUCCUGGUACCUCUGCUGGGCAUUCAGUAUUUACUACUGCCCUACAAACCUGAUGGCCGGCUCGCAUCUGAGAUAUUCAUACACACAACCAACAUACUUAUGCAUUACCAGGGCCUUUUGGUUGCCACAAUAUUUUGCUUUUUUAAUAGCGAGGUUCAAGGUGUGCUACGACGCCACUGGAACCAGUACCGCACCCAGUUUGGCGGCACAUUCGCUAACACAGCCCUGCGAUCCGCAUCUUACACCGCGUCCUCCAUGACAGAAGUCCAUCGAUGUUACAGCAUUGACGGUCACAUGGACAGUCUAAACGGCAAGACUUUUCACAAUCUGGAGAGCACCAUUCUCCGAUCAGACAACCUGUACAUGUGAGUGACACUUUGGCUCCAGGGAGAAAAACCUCAUGGACAGGACUGAAAUAUGUGUGUGUGUGUAUAGAGGUCUACGAGGCAAACAUCUGGACCUAAGAUGACAAGACGUCUUUACUUUUGACUACAGGCCUCAGUUUAUGGAUGAUACUGUAUUUUCUAUGGAAUAUUACAUUGAUGGAAUUGAACUCUGCGGAGAACAUCACUGAUUAUCAGUCUUUGAUUGGAAGGAGGUGAAGUUGGAUUUUACCUUUCCUCUUGGGUAAACUAUGAACUGUGGAUCAUACCUAAAUGAAGCUUUUUUUCUUUGUGGCACUGUGUUUUGUUGAUGAGGGCUGAGCCAUUGGUUGAUGGAUUCCAGAAUCAUGGAUCUUUGGAUUAUUUUGGGUCAAAAAACCUGUCGAGGAAGAAAGGAAAACACAUCGUAAAACACUAAAUCUUCAGGAUGUGAUUUCAGAACAUACUGAUGACAUUUGUCCUGCUCUUUUUUCCAUUGUGUCAGCAAUUUUGUGCAGGAUUGGGUAAAGUUUUUUUUAAAAGUCAUAUAUUACAAUCUAGAUUCACUAAAUGUGUGUUGCGUAACUAAAUUUGCAAGUGUGUGUUGUUAUUUUUUGCCUAUUUUUUGGCUUGUUUGUUUAUAAAAGAGGCCUACUUUGCAAGAAUCACUUUUAUAAUGGGUUUAAAGACAGAUGUAUGGCAGCAUUGUGUGAAUAUAGCAAGCAUCUUAAGGUUAAAAAAUCACACUUGAUAAAAACAGCCUGCAGAAACACUUUAAUUUACAUUCCCCCAUUGUACGGGUCAUCAGAGGGGGAAUGCCCCACACAUUAGUUACAACCUCUCCCUUAUAAGCAUAGACAGCCCUGAGUGAGAAGCAGCGGCCCAUUAGUAAAGAUAAUGUUAGCGACUUAGAGGCUUUACAAAUGUUGUACUUUAGCAGGGGUGUCAAACUCAGUUCCUAAAGAGCCGCAGCUCUGCAUAGUUCCAACUCUGCCCCAACACACAUACCUCUAGGUUUCAAACAAGCCUGAAGGACUCAAUUAGUUUGAUCAGGUGUUUUUAAUCGGGGUUGGAACUAAACUAUGCAGAGCUGUGGCCCUCCAGGAACUCAGUUUGACACAUGUAUACUUUAGGAUGCACAAAUGAACACCGUAGUCUUCAUAGACCAGUGUUUCCCAACCCUGUUCCUGAAGGCACACCAACAGUACACAUUUUCAAGCUCUACCUAAUCCAAAAUAUGGACUGUUGGUGUGCCUCUGGGAACAGGGUUGGGAAACACUGUCAUAGACUACUCUGUCUUUUGAGUUGCUUUGAGAUUUUCAGUUUUUCAUUGAAAUAACAUUAGUCAUGUUUUGAAUGUGCCACUAUGCUGUUGCAUAAGAGUCUAUAGCUCCGCCUUCUUUUGAAAUCAGCACAAUCUCAUUUGAGUUUAAAGCGACAGUCACCAAAACAACGCAAUUUGUAUAGAAGCCUAAAAGGUGCAGUUUCAAAUAGUUUUAAAAAUUAUUUAUGGGGUAUUAGCUGAAAUUUCACACACACACUCUAAGACCUAUUUUAAAUCUUGUAAAAAAGUAGAGAUGGAUGACGCAAAACUGGCGUUUUGACACUAUGUCGAGAUCCUGAAUCACGUGUUUCGAAACACCCAGUUCAUGUGACUAAAGCGAUUCAUGGCGCGGUAACCACACAAGCAUUC